GCAGAUGGUGACGAUGACCCGGGGCUCUCCUGGGUGCCCUCGUCCCCCUCCAGCAAAGACGUGGCGUCGCCCUCGCAGAUGCUGGGCGACGGCUGCUGCGACCUGGGCAUGGGCACGGGCGGCGAGGAGGAGGGCGGCUCGGGCCUGCCCUACCCGUGCCAGUUCUGCGACAAGUCCUUCAGCCGCCUGAGCUACCUGAAGCGGCACGAGCAGAUCCACAGCGACAAGCUGCCCUUCAAGUGCACGUUCUGCAGUCGGCUGUUCAAGCACAAGCGCAGCCGCGACCGCCACGUCAAGCUGCACACGGGCGACAAGAAGUACAGCUGCCAGGAGUGCGAGGCGGCCUUCUCGCGCAGCGACCACCUCAAGAUCCACCUGAAGACGCACAGCUCCAGCAAGCCCUUCAAGUGCAGCGUGUGCAAGCGGGGGUUCUCGUCCACCUCCUCGCUGCAGAGCCACAUGCAGGCGCACCGCAAGAACAAGGAGCACAAGGACCUGAAGGACCAGGGCGGACGCAAGGCUGGCGGCGGAGGGGCAGGGGGAGGCUCGGCCGGCUCGGGCGGGUCUGAGGGCGGCGCGGACGUCGAGCAGGACCUGUACAUGUGCGACUACUGCGAGGAGACGUUUAGCCAGACGGACGAGCUGGAGAGGCACGUGCUGACGCGGCACCCGCAGCUGUCGGACCGCGCCGAGCUGCAGUGCAUCCACUGCCCGGAGAUCUUCAGCGACGAGGGCACGCUGCUGGCGCACAUCGACCGCGCGCACGCCCACCGCAAGCACAAGUGCCCCGUGUGCGCCGAGCAGUUCCCCUCGGUGGAGGAUGUCUACUGCCACCUGGACAGCCACCGGCAGCCGGACUCCAGCAACCACAGCGUCAGCCCCGACCCCAUGCUGGGCAGCGUGGCCUCCAUGAGCAGCGCCACGCCGGACUCUAGCGCCUCCCUGGAGCGCGGCUCCACGCCGGACUCCACCCUCAAGCCCGUGCCCAGCCGCCGCAAGCUGGCGCCGUCCUCGUCCGACCCGGACGACGGCGUCCUGGGCUGGGCCCAGGCGGGCAAGGUGACCUACAGCUGCCCGUACUGCUCCAAGCGCGACUUCAACAGCCUGGCGGUGCUGGAGAUCCACCUGAAGACCAUCCACGCCGACAAGCCGCAGCAGAGCCACACGUGCCAGCUGUGCCUGGACACUCUGCCCACCCUCUACAACCUCAGCGAGCACAUGCGCAAAGCCCACCGCGCCAGCGGGGGCAGCGUUGCGGCAGCGGCAGCGGCCGCCGCCUCCGCGCUCCCCAUCCUGCAGUUCAGCAACGUGACGGCCUUCCACUGCAACUACUGCCCGGACAUGUUCGCCGACAUCAACUCGCUGCAGGAGCACAUCCGCGUGACGCACUGCCUGCCCGGCGGCGUGCUGGCCGGCUCGACCACGCUAGAGGGCAACCACGCCUUCUUCUGCAACCAGUGCUCCAUGGGCUUCCUGACAGAGUCCUCGCUGACCGAGCACAUCCAGCAGACGCACUGCAGCAACGCGGGCGGAGGCGGCGGUGGAGGAGGAGGGGGUGGUGGAGGCGGCGGGGUUGCCAAGAUGGAGUCACCGGUGCUCCAGCCAUCGCAGUCCUUUAUGGAGGUCUACUCGUGCCCCUACUGCACCAACUCGCCCAUCUUCGGCUCGCUGCUCAAGCUGACCAAGCACAUCAAGGAGAACCACAAGAACAUCCCGCUGGCCAACAACAAGCGCAAGGUCAAAGUGGCCGACCUCAGCCCGGCGUCGUCCGACGUGGAGAUCUCUUCGCCCAAGCGGCACCGGGCGGCUGGCGACACCACCCCGGCCAGCGCCAACGGCGACUACCCCUGCAACCAGUGCGACCUGCGCUUCGCCAGCUUCGAGGGCUUCCAGGCGCACCUCAAGUCGCACCUGGAGCUCCUGCUGCGCCGGCAGUCCUGCCCACAGUGCAACAAAGAGGACUUCGAAUCCCAAGAUGCACUGCUGCAGCACCUGACGGUGCACUACACCACCACCUCCACGCAGUAUGUGUGCGAGAGCUGCGACAAGCAGUUCUCCUCGGUCGACGACCUGCAGAAGCACCUGCUGGACAUGCACACUUUCGUGCUCUACCACUGCACGCUGUGCCAGGAGGUGUUUGACUCCAAGGUGUCCAUCCAGGUCCACCUGGCGGUCAAGCACAGCAACGAGAAGAAGAUGUUCCGCUGCACGGCGUGCGCCUGGGACUUCCGCAAGGAGGCGGACCUUCAGCUGCACGUCAAGCACAGCCACCUGGGCCACCCCAGCGGUCCGGCGGGGGCCGGCAAGGCCCGCAAGUGCAUCUUCUGCGGCGAGAGCUUCUGCACCGAGGUGGAGCUCCAGUGCCACAUCACCACGCACAGCAAGAAGUACAACUGCCGCUUCUGCGGCAAGGCCUUCCACGCCAUCGUGCUGCUUGAGAGGCACCUCCGCGAGAAGCACUGCUCCUUCGAGAGCGGCCACGCGCACGGCAACGGAGGCAGCCAGAACGGCACGCCCAACGGCGUGGCCCAGACUUCGAAGCGAGGAGGAGGAGGAAGCGCAGGAGGAGCGGUGAGCGGGGGGACUGUGGCGGCCGAGCAGGCGGACCUGCAGAGCAUGCUGCUGAAGAGCGGUGUGUCCGGCCAGCAGGACGCGUCCAACAGCCACGACGGCGCCGGCAGCGGCGGCGAGGACGAGCUGGACGCCUCGGAGCCCAUGUACGCGUGCGACAUCUGCGGCGCCGCCUACACCAUGGAGUCGCUGCUGCAGAACCACCGGCUGCGCGACCACAACAUCCGGCCGGGCGAGGACGACGCCGGCUCGCGCAAGAAGAAGGCCGACUUCAUCAAGGGCAGCCACAAGUGCAACGUCUGCUCGCGCACCUUCUUCUCCGAGUCGGGCCUGCGCGAGCACGCCCAGACGCACCGUGGGCCGGCCAAGCACUACAUGUGCCCCAUCUGCGGCGAGCGCUUCCCGUCGCUGCUCACGCUGACCGAGCACAAGGUGACGCACAGCAAGAGCCUGGACACGGGCACGUGCCGCAUCUGCAAGAUGCCGCUGCAGAGCGAGGAGGAGUUCAUCGAGCACUGCCAGAUGCACCCGGACCUGCGCAACUCGCUGACCGGCUUCCGUUGCGUGGUCUGCAUGCAGACGGUCACCUCCACGCUCGAGCUCAAGAUCCAUGGCACGUUCCACAUGCAGAAGCUCUCCUCGUCCGGGAGUGUAGGGGCCACCGGUGGGGGCAUGGGCGGAGGGGUCAUCGGAGGCGGAGGAGGUGGAGGCGGGUCGGCGUCGUCCUCGCCCAACGGGCAGCUGGGCGGUCACAAGCACUACAAGUGCGCCCUGUGCCUGAAGGAGUUCAAGAACAAGAACGACCUGGUCAAGCUGGACGUCAACGGCCUGCCCUUUGGCCUGUGCGCCGCCUGCAUGAGCCGCGGCACCAACGGGCAGUCGCCCAGCGGGAUGGUCACCACCGGAGGGGGCGGGGGCGGCACCACGCCUCAGGACCUGGGCGACAAGGCGGCCGCGGCGGGCCUGCGAUGCGUGGAGUGCGCAGUGAAGUUCGAGAGCGUGGAGGACCUGGAGAAUCACGUGCAGGUGGACCACCCCAAGAUGAGCCCCGAGACCAGCGGCAACAAGAAGGUGACCGACGCAUCGCCCGUCCCAAAAAAGAAGACAUAUCAGUGCAUCAAAUGCCAGAUGACCUUCGAGACGGAACGCGAGAUCCAGAUACACGUUGCCAAUCACAUGAUCGAAGAGCCCGGUCAGCUGCAAGUGCUGUACUUCUGUUUGUCUAGGAGAGGUAUCCGCGACGACGCAAGGAUCAUGGGAACAGAUGAGCAUCCCCUCAAGCGCAUCACACACCACCUGGAGCUAGCCGGGCGGAACCACGGAGGGAUGGAGCAGGGAGCAGUGGGGACCCAGGCAGGAAUUCCACGCUCCUCGCCCAUCCUGUGUCCGGUAGCGGACUCGUCCUUGUGUGUGUCGGCCGGGCCGACGGACACAAGGCCAGGGGGCAAAGAUGCCCAUAUGGCAGGCCACAGGAAGGAGGAGGAGGAGGAGGAGGAGAAAGGGAGAAACCGGCUUCACGGCUCAAAUCAAUUUGUGCGUGGGCACCAGCUCUUCCACUCAGGGGUGCGGGUAGAUCAGCCGAGCCCUCCGGCUCCACAAAGCCUUAUCUGGCCCUGGACGCCCCUGGACGCCCCUGGACACCCCCCCCCCCCCCUCACCCCCCCCAACCCAGCAGGGCUCGGAGCGCGGGAGCCACUGGGAGGCAUGGGGGCCCUGCAGAGAGCCCUCUUCUCCAGCGCUGCGAAGCGCCUACUCCUCCACAACAGUAGGGGCCGCUGUGGCGAAGCAGAUGACUCAUUCCCUGAGAAACAGGAAACAUUUGGGCCGGCUCUGAUGCCCAUUCUUUAG